CACUCUCACUUUGUUGACAAGAAAAAGUUACAUUAUCAGCGCCAAACUGGCUUUAAAGAACGUUCAGUCGUCAUGGAUGGAACUCAGAAACGUAAAGGAAGCCCAGAUGCAAGCAGCUCUGCAAAACGUCCUCGUAAUGAUGACGGGAAAGGUGGAGGAUUUGAAGAAGAGUUGGCAGCGCUCGAUUUUGUCAAUGAUAAAAAUCCCUCUGCCAAAUGGUCAAGACCUGCUGUACCUAAACUAAAUCCUUUGACUGAUGACAUCGUGUUUCAGCAGCUGGAAGUCGAUAAUUAUAUCGGUUUGUACACACUUGCUUUGACUUCGUUCAUGUAUUUUUUAGAUCAAUGACGAGCGCUAUUUAUAACUCUGUGCUGAUCAUGAUCCACCGUUGCAAACAUCGAGUAGUAUUCUAGAUUUUAAUAUGAACCGAUUAUCAUUAAAUUCAGUGCAUCUUUAGUUGCAAUGAAUCGUGAUCACAUCUGAUAAAGCAUUGUGGGUGUAAAAACCAUGUGUGUGUGUGUCAUAGGGAGGGGGGGUGAGACAGAAGGCUCCGAAACCCCCCUUCUCCCAUACCUACAUUCCCAGUCACAAUAACAAUAAAUUAUUAUGACAAUUAACACAAUAACAAUAACAAUUUUCAACGAUUAUUGUUGAAACACUUGCGAAUUUCGUCUUCCCUUCCCCUUUAAUGUUGAUUUUGAAGAAGUUUAUGCCCAAGCAAACCUGUGAAGCCAACAUUGAGGGAAGGAGAGGGAAGCAACACAUAUAUUCAUGGAACCCCUCAGUUUAUCUUGUGUUUUCCGAAAGUGUUUCAGCCAGUAAAGACUGGUAUUGUUGCAUUCACGGCUCCUGCCUCUUGUUUUUUGUUGUUGUUGUUUUUGUUUCCUUUAGCCCUUCUUCAAAAGGCCGUAUCACGGUUUUGGAAGCCAUCUUGACAAGUCAGCAACCGCAUGAGAAAUUACUGCGUUUGUAUGAUAAUCUAAUGUCGAAUAAUUUCUGUAAAACGGCUGUUCUGAAAAAAAAUCUGAAUUGUAAACUAAAGUCUCACUCCUAAUUAUUGUACUGAAAGAAUUUGAGGGCAUUACAUGCAGCUACAUGCACUAGAAGCACUUUUUAAAAUUUCCUAGAUACAUUUGUAAAUAAAAAAUUUCUCAGGAAAAAUUUGCAGACAAAUAUAUGGAAAAUCUAAAGCAAGCAUCUGGAGAAAUUUAAGCACGGUAAUGGCCCCCAAAAUUUUUUGGUAAAAUCCUUUGCUGUGUAGCUCUAAUUUUUAAUUCAUCUUUUUUUUUAGAAUGGCCAUUUUACGGAAAUUAUUUGACAUAAGAUUGUCAUACAAACACUGUAAUUUCUCAUGCAGUUGCCCUCGUCAAGGUGAUUUCCAAAACCAUGACAAGGCCUAUUGCAAAAUAAGUACUAAGCAUUAUUAUGUAAUUUCCCUACAUUUUUCACACUUCCUGUCCUUUUAGAAAUCCCACCUCUCGCUUUUUUCUCUUUAUGCAUCAAGUGGUGGCUUACAAGGGGUUAAAAAUAACGGAAAGUUAUGGUUGCUUACGGGAGGUGGUCGUACAUGUAUAUGAGAGGUUCCAACUGUAUGGCUUUGAAUUGGAAAAUUUUAGUGUUUUGGGUAGGUGGUAAGGGAGGUGUUCACCUAGAAUGUAUGAGAGGUGGCCGCACACAUAGGUUUGACUUUAUUCUGACCACCCUUGAGGGAACAUACAUUGAUCUGAGGCAGGGUUCUCAUUAAAGCUUGGCAAUCAAGUGCUGUAGACAAUUUGAGGCUUUCACUCCCUUACUUUACCCAUUUUCCCUCAAGAGUAGACAGCUCAGACCUUAAAGUAGCCAGUUUUUUUAGCCAGUUGCCAGCCUUUAAUGAGAGCGUUGUCAGAAGGUAUUGGUUCAUAGAAGCUGUGUGUACAAUAAUUUGUCAAAGAAUUGGUCUAUGUAAGGGAAAUAGGAGGCAUUCUUCCAGAGAAAUUGUCUUAAUUUUUCGAGUUGCUUUGGUACCAUCAAGUGAAAUUAUUCUUUCUUCUCAGGUAAACCCCUAAAAGGAAUGCCUGGAUCAAUGUCUGGUCCGGUACCGAUAGUUCAAAUGUAUGGUGUUACAAUGGAAGGAAACAGUGUUCUUUGCCACAUCCAUGGAUUUGUGCCCUACUUCUUUGUUCCAGCACCUAAAGAAUUUCAACAUAGUCACUGCAAAAGCUUUCAGGAUGCACUUAACAGAGCUGUGUUAGAUGAUAUGAGGUCUAACAAAGACAAUGUUGUUGAUGUGAGUUCUGUAGUGAUAACCACUCACUUUACAGUCAACAUAAAAAUUCAUGCAAAAUUUUCAGUGAUCCAAAUUUUUUCCUGUCCAACACUUUAAUAAAGUUAGAAUUAUGCCUUUCAGUAGCAUCAUGCACAGCAUUAAGCAGGCAUGUAAUUGUGCAAUAAUCAACCCAAAGUAGAAAACAGAGAACAUCAUUUUGUCCUUUUACAUGCUUGAGGGAAUGUACUUUGUAUACUUCAAGUGGGGAGCAGUAUGUCAGCAAAUUUGAAAAUCUUAAUGUUGUACAGCAAUUUAUGGCAAAAAUCUACCUAAAUUGUAAAGAUUCUUACAAGAAACAAUUGUUUUGAGUGUAACUUAAGAGUGAAAGUUGGAGAAGUGUGGAAAGAUUAAAGGAAGACUUGCAGGAAAAUUCUGAAAAACUCUGUUUGUCCUACAUUGUGUCUCCUGGUUCGCACCCCAUUGUUGUAUUGAGUUGCAAGAUAGCAAGUGUUAUUGUCAAACUGUUAUUUCAUGAAUAAACUCAAUAGUGAAGCUUUUGCACUAGCUCUCAAGCAAAUGGGGCUUCUUGGACCUUAGGUAUUUCCAUGAUAAUAAUAAUAAUUAUUAUUGAAAAAUAAUGGAAUCAUCUGUCUUUCAGCCUGUCUUAGCUGUGGAAUGUCAAAUGAAAGAGAGUAUUUAUGGCUACAAUGGAAAAAAAAAGGCUCCAUUUCUUCGCAUCACAAUGGCUUUACCAAAACUUAUUGCUCCAGCCAAGAGGAUCUUAGAAACUGGAUUUAGAUUUGGGGAAUUUCCGGAGAGGGGAUAUUCCUCAUAUGAAAGCAAUAUUGAUUAUGAGGUAUGUAACAAGAUGAGAAAACCGUUAAUGUCAUUUAGAAAAAAAAGUAAUGGGAAUUAUCCAAUUUACAUUUUAACAAACUUCCCAUUUGUAAUGGGAGAAAAAAAUUUUAUGGCGAAUAAUUGCCAUUUUGUAAUAUUGUGUUGAAUUAUUAACAGUUAAUAUUACACCAAGUUAUCUGGUUUAGAAAUGGUAGUUUUAAACAUGUAUGUUACAGGUCAAAAUUGAAUUCGGGUUAAAAUUUUUAACCUAUCGGUAGCUUGAUUCUCUUUGUUUCCUAGCCCUAAUUAUUCAUGAAUUAGACCUAGGAGACAAAGGAAAUUGAGAAUCAACCUAGGUUAAAAAAUUUUAACCUGAAUUUAUAUAUGUUAUUCACCGGCUGGGAGGUCCGUAUUGGGAGAAACUGUGCCCGAGGUCUUGAGUACCGGCUGAGGGCGGUACUCAGACUGAGGGCACAGUUUCUCCCAAUACGGACCGACCUAGGCCAGUGAAUAACAUUUUUAUUUUUUUCCUACUGAGAUUUAAAAGUUUCAGGAAAAUUUUACUUCAGCCUCCAACCUAUGUGUGUUGAAGAAGGGCGUGUUCGUGUUGAUGUUAUUCAAAGCACGCGAUCGAUUGCAAACCAAAACAAAACAUUACAACAUGAUUUUUAACUUGUAGUUUAUAUUGUCACAAUUAAGCUCUCGUUAGAAUAAAGAAAGGUUUUUGUGUCUUGGUAGACAAUUCGUAAUCUGAGUGUCAAACAAGGAUAAAAGAAUUGGCGAACUUAAAAGCCACAGGAAAGAAAAUACAUCAAAGAUUUUCUUCAGCUGAAUAUUUACCUUAAGAUUAAUUCAAUGGAGUGGGAUAAAAACUGCACAGAGGCUUUAUAAAAAGAGCUAAUUACACAUACCAAUCGUAGGGUUUUGAAGUGAAUUUGAAUAAAAGAAUGCGAUGUGGGUAACUAAACAAUUAUAUAAACAAAGAAAUAAAAAUGGCGAUAACUGAUUGCUGGAAAAGUUGUUCGUGUUGUUUAUUCAAGUUUGAAAGCUACAUGCAAUCGUUGACAACAACCUUUUCUGAAAAGUAGAAAACUAGCGAGGCAAAAUUCAACGAAAAACGGCAGAAUCUAGAUUCAGACAGCAAAAAUGGAAACCAAACCUACAAACAGAGAAAAAUGUUGAAUAAACGGUGCAUAAGAGCAGGAUUGCAGUACUUACAGCGUAGUUAUAAAGCUAGUGAAGCGAUAUCAUGAGCCGCCUGUUUUGCUUUACUUUAGCGGUUUUCCUGGCUCACUUACUUGAUUUUCCCUUCAGAUGUUUUGUCUGAAUAACAAAAUUCACUUUCCCCUAGCUAACACCAAUAAUAGCGCAAGUUUUAAAAGAAAAAUGGUUAAAAAUCACCGGUUUUGCUCAUUCACAAACAACAAACAAACUUGUGAAUAAAGCUGCCAUGAUUCCGCCUGGGUUAGCAGGCAAGAUCGUAAAAAACUGCCCACUCUCGGAACCAAUCAGAUUGCAGGAUUUGGAGGAUUCCGCCCGCUCGCAAGCUUAGAAGAAAAUAAAAUAAAAUAUUUUGAUGUGUAACAUGUAUAUUCAUUAAACUUUGAAAAAUUUUUCUUUUCUUUUUUUUUUGUUUUGUUUUGGUUUUUUUUUUUUCUGAUGCUCUGUGUACCAUUAGGUCCGGUUUAUGGUAGACACUGAUGUUGUGGGGUGUAAUUGGAUAGAGCUUCCUGCAGGAAAAUAUCGGGUUCGUUCACCUAGCCUUGAAGGAAGCUUUAAAAGUGAUGCUCAACCAGUGUCUCAUUGUCAGAUUGAAGUUGACGUAGCUUAUGAUGAGUUUAUCAGCCAUUCACCUGAAGGUUGGUUAACAUCUAGAACUCUUAGCCUCAAACCUCUCGUAAGUGACCACCCAAAAUGCAAAGAUUUAGUAGUUGCUUAUGAGAAUCACACCUAAGGGGGUAUCUUGCAAGAAGAGGUGUUAACACAUGUGACUACAUUUUGGCAGAGAAUUUAUUGUAUGCAGGUUACAUAGUGUAGUUCCAUGUUGUCACUGAAAGUUCUUUGUAUACUCUGAGUGGCAUAGUACAUACAGCAAACAAAGAGACGUCACCAGAUGUCAAGUUGUUGCUUACAAGAGGUUAAAACAAUGAAAAAUUGUAAAACUGUCAGGCUUGAAAGUUGUUGCGAUUACUUAUGAGAGGUGGUCAUUUACAAGAGAUUCUAAUAAUUAUUAUUAUAUGUCUUUGACUAGCGAAAUCAAACUAAGGGUUACUAGUCGUUUUACCAGAGGUCUACACUUUCAGAUCAGCAGAAUUGAAAAUGUUUGCAGUCAUUUACAAAGGUGACCGCUUGCACGACACUCUGAUUAUUAUGAUUUCACUGAAAAGGAAAUUGAUAUCUACAGUGUAAAACUAGGAAAAGUUUAGUAAGCUUGGCCAAAGGGCAACUUAGAUUGGUCUUCCACCUAGAGAUCUGCGGAGCUGGCCAAAAAUUUAGAGGCAGGUUUGAACAACAUAAUGGUAAAGACUUUCAACAGGUCUUCUAGAUCUUUCACUCUAUUAACAUCAUACAGGUUCCUGUAACGAUCAAAGCAUAAUAGGAUCAUGUGUAUACAAGGCAUCUGUCGACCGACUCUCGGAUGACAGUAUUGAUCGAUACUCGGCCGAUGUAUCGGGAGACUGUCGGUCGAGUGUCGACCGACAGUCAGUCAAUACUCUGUCGACACUCAGUCGUCAUAUCAGCCGCUACUUGGUCGAUAUGUCGGUGGAGCAUCGGCUCAAAUUGGCUGCUGUCAACUGACAUGCAUGUCGGGCGAUAGUCCACCGCUAGUUUGUCAAUAAGCUACCAACCCUUGGUCGAUACUUGGUCAAUUCUCGGUCGACUGGGUAUUUUCUACAUAUUUUCUACAGUCGGUCGAUAUAUUGGCUGACACUCAACUUUCAGUCGGGCUACUCUUGGUCGUUAUAUUGGUUGAUACUCGCCCGAUCAUUAAUAAGCACGUCCUUAGGGCACGUUUCAACCGACUCUCGGCCAACAAUGGCUACUGUUACUCGGUCAUACUAUCAGUGGACACUCGGUAGACAUAGCAUUCGGCUGUUGGUCGUCAGUCGGUCAACACUCGGUCAAUAUCUUGGUUCACACUCAGUUAAUAUGUUCUUGGUCAACCUGCGGUCGUCACUUGGUCUAUAUCUUAUAUGUGUGACGGUCUAUAGUCCGCUGAUAACUACUGACAUAGCAACCAUGUCAGCUGAUAUGUGUGACGGUCAACAGUCCACCGAUAUACCACUGACAGUGCACCAAUAUGCCCCAGACGGUUGACUGCGACAUAAUGAUCGACAUGUCAGCCUGUCAUUGACCGAGUGGUGACCCAGGGCUCAAAGUUAGCGACUAACUGGUCGCAUAUGCGACUGGAUUUUUGGUUGUGUGUCUAAAAAUUCAAGUGUAACCGCACCUGUGUGCCGUAAAACCCAAAGCACAGUGCGACUGACUUACUUCUGACUAUACUUACGAACUCGAACUAGAAAGACGGUGUAUGUUUAAUUGGUCUUUUCUCCCAAUGGAUUCCUCGAACUUGAAUGUUCUUUUUCGUUUCGAUGUUUUACUCCAUCCCAGACUCUUCUGUUUUGUAAUAAACACCGCUGACACAUCCAAGUAUAUGCUAUGAAUGAAAUGCGUUCUUUUUGUGCAAUGGACGAUCAUGUCGAACGUUCAGUUUUAACGUCAAUCAAAACAAAAACAGUGCGGAUUAAGAGCCUUUUUUUCCAGGUAAGAAAGUUUUUUAAGUCGUAUUUCAGUUACGUGUAAGUCAUUGCGCAUUUAACAAAUUCAUUGAAGAUUAAUUUUCAUUCUCGUUCGACACACUCACUGUUGUCAGUGUUGAAUUGUUUUUCAAGUGUAAGUUGUCUUUAAUCACAACUGUACUGUCAAAAAGAGAAAUUAGUAUUAAAAAUCACAACGGUAUUCCUGCCUAGCAAAUCGGCUGUUUUUUAUCAAUCACAGGAGUGAAGUAAAAGUAACAAACUGAAGAUGACAGAUAAACGUGGCACUGUUAAGCUUUUUACUUUUUUUUCUGAAAUAUAUGCUCCCAACAUUAUAAGCUGUGCUCCUAAAAUUUUCAGCUGUGCGCCUAAAAUUUCAGCAGUGCGGCUAUUUAAUUUACAUCUGGUAGCACAAGUGCUACCAAACUCAAAUUUAGACUUUGAGCCCUGUGACCGCAGGUCGACCAAAUAAAAAAAGGUGUUGACCAAGACUCAACUGACAUGUGGAGCGAGUAUCAACUGACAUGUCAACGGAGUAUCAACCGGCUCUCGACUGACAGUCGACCGAGUGUCGAUCGAUCCUGUCAACCGAGAGUCGGUCAACAGAUGCCUUAAAUACACAUGAUCUGCAUAAUCCACCUAUUGGUGCUUACAGUUUUAAACCCUACUCAUUUGUGCCUCACAAGAGAGGUACCGGUAACAUACUUUUGGGUUGUGCUGUAGAUCAUAGGAGUUCUAUAUUCAUCAGAUGUUUAUCAUGAAUAUGUUGUAAACGGGAUUUGUAGGCAACAGAGAAGUGUCAGCUUCUUGAUUAUUUCUAGACCUGGCCGGUUUCAGGCUAUCAGCACACAAUCAAGUCCUGAUCACACUCAUCAUUUAUUGCUAAAUCAAGGUGCUUUUAUACAUAUUGGUAGCUAAAUCAUACAUGGGUAAAUAUGGAAGGAAAUGCAUGUGGCUUCCUUUCUAGUAAACACCCUAAUUCGACUGAAAUCUUAAAGCAUCAUGACACCUAAAUUACGUACAGCAAUGUACGUAAAUCCUGAGCGGCUAGCUAUGUUUGAAUCAUCGUUCCAUCCUACACAAAAAUCCUUAAGCAAGUAUCACAUUAUAGAUGGUCAUGAUCAAAGCACAUGUGAUCAGGUAACGAUUGGUAGCAGGUCCACGUGUGCAUGAUCAGAUUACCUUCUGUGCAUUCCAUUCAUUCUUAGUGGUAGCCCUAAUGAAGCAUAAUAUGAGCCAUGCAUGCAUAAUAACAACUUGGAGGUUAGGAUUGUGGGCUCCUCUUGUUGCCUGCUAUUACCUCUUUUACUUUUUCUCUUUUUUAAGGUGAAUGGUCCAAAAUAGCUCCUGUUCGUAUACUGAGCUUUGACAUUGAAUGUGCCGGAAGAAAGGGUGUGUUUCCUGAACCAGAGAAGGACCCUGUAAUCCAGAUAGCAAACAUGGUUAUAAAUCAGGGAGACAAGGAUCCAUUCAUCAGGAAUGUCUUCACCCUUAAUACAUGUGCACCUAUUGUAGGUUCGCAUGUUAAGUCGUAUGAGAAAGAAGCGGAAAUGCUUAAGGUGUAGUAAUAUAAUAAAUGCUUGCAAGGAAAUAAUUUUAUUUUUAUCAUAUUGAUUUUAUUCCUGUUUUAUUGUAGUUCAUGAUCAUGAGUCUAAAGCCAAAUGUUUUAAAGGAAAGCCUGGAAGUAAUUUGUAGAAUUUCUGAAGGGUUCAGCGAAGGAUAGUUAUUCCUUGUGUUUUUGGGAAUGUUAUAUUGAUGCAUCUCUGAAAUUAUUGUAACCUCAUUUUACUCACACUAGCCCAGUACAGGGUUGUCACUAAGAUUUCAAGUUGCCGGGUAUUUGUUGUUAGUAGCCGGGGAAGUCGCAAGCAGACAUGGAGACCCCCCCCCCAACCAUCCCCCAAGAAGUUUUUGAAUUGCAACUUCUACCGUUUUCCAAAAGGCAUUACCGCCCCAAAAAAGAAAUCUUCACCAAGGGAACAGCUAUCAUUAGCCGUUUUAUGAUGAUCACGUCUUAAACAUUCUGAGACACUAAAAUAAUAAGUUUUUACUUUACGUAAAGGCUCGUUGGAGGUUUUUUUUAGUGGCCGCCAAAUGGGAAUAUACAUGUAAGCAGAGUAGCUCCCAAGGACCCUUGGGGAUAAAGCUGUCACUCACAAGUACUAAGCGCAUUGAAACGUGACUUGCGGUUCAAAUUCCAACAUGUAGUCGAUUGCAAAAGCGAUGAAAGAUGCUCUUGAGGCCACGGGCUAUUCCGAAUUGCGUGAAUAUCAAAGGAAAACAAUCGAAGCAUAAUAUGUAUCGGGAAGGGAUGUUUUUGUGUCUUCUCCAACUGGAGCUGGCAAGAGUCUGACUUUUGAACUGGCUCCAUACACUUUCGAUGGUUUAUUUGGCGAGGAUUGCAAUGCCAUCGUGUUGGUGAUUGUCUCAAACCUAAAUUCCCAUGGCAUUAGAGCAUUGUACAUAGGAGACGAUUGCUCGGAAGAAGAGCUAGAGGAUAUUUUAAAUCUGAAAGAGAAAAUAGUACUUGGGAGUCCCAAGGCGAUCCUCAACAGUUAGUGACACAUUUUUCGUCACCUAAAACGAAAUCACUUAAAAUCAUUGUUAGAGAAAACUUUUGCACAAAGUAAACAAAUUUGCUCCUUUGAUGAUGGAGAUACACACACACACGUUCAAUAGAUUUAGUCGGAGUCGAAUCAACACAUUCCACCAUUGAAGUCAAGGACUGAACAAAACCUGAAACCCCAAAUGCUAGUCACGCUACUCCCCAUUUUUGGCUUGAAAUGCAAAUAGAAACCCUUCAAGCGAGACAAGUCGACCUCUCGCCACUUCGUCGCUCGCAGUCGGCUGCUUCGCGGCCAAAAAAGGCUCACUCCGCUUGCCAAGAGGUCAACUUGUAGCAAGUCUAGGUUCGUACAGAGUCUUGAAUUCUUGAAAAAGUCUUGUUGUUGAAAUUUGCUCAGCAAUUUUCCAGACCUGGAAAAAGUCUGGGAAGUGGCGAUAAAGUCUGGAAAAAUGGUAAAAAGUCUUGAGUUUUUUUUUUAAGCUACAGCAAAUCUUAUUCAAUCUUGUCCAUGCGCUUGCAGUAUAUCAUUGAAAAGAGCUUUGUUCCUGUGUUUUUUAAGGUGUCUAUUGAUCAUUCAUUUGAUAACCCUGAGUCUGGAAAAAGCAAAAAAAAUAUUGUUUUGGAAAAAGUCUGGAAAAAGUCUUGAAUUCUGGAUCCAAAAAUCUAUACGGACCCUGUCCAUAUCUUUUUCUGUUAAUAUAUAAUGAUCAUUAUUUUGUUAGGAAAUUGAAUAUCACUUUUAUCCUGAUGUGAUUAGAUUAUUCUGUAACUUCUUGGCACAAACAUUGUGGCUUGUCAUGUUUUAAUUGUCUAAAAUGAGUUAUGUAACAUUUCAAUUUUCAAAGGCAUGGAGUGAUUUUGUCAAGAAAGUGGAUCCUGACAUCAUCACUGGAUACAACAUUGUGAACUUUGAUCUUCCUUAUUUACUGAACCGAGCUGCAGCUUUAAAAGUACAGACCUUUUCACUUCUUGGAAGAGUGAAGGAUGAAAAGAGUACAAUAUCCAACACAACAUUUCAAUCACGAGCUUAUGGAAAGCGGGAGAACAAAGUCAUAAACAUUGCUGGUCGAGUGCAGUUUGAUCUGUUACAUGCUCUGUUAAGAGACUAUAAACUGAGGUCCUACACACUAAAUUCUGUCAGUUUUCAUUUCCUGCAAGAACAGAAGGAGGACGUACAUCACAAUAUUAUCACAGAUUUGCAGGUACAAGAUAAACAAAUUCACGGAAUUAAAGCACUAGGUGUUUACUUAUUACAACUUAUUAAAGGAUGCCACAGCCAGAAUUGUUUAGUUAGAAAAAAAUUUUUUCCUUGAUUCUUCAAGUGGCUAUUGCUAUCCACAAAUCCUCAAUCUUAUUAUUUACCUCUACACUAGGCACAGAGAAUAAUAAAGUACCUGGAAAGUUGUGUAUCUAGAAUUCCCUGAGACAACCUCAUUCCAAACUCUCAAAAGGAGAUCUUCAAUUUUUGCCAGAAUCAGUUCAGUCAGACAUAAUUUUCACAGUUAUUGAUGGUUACAUAUACUUUCACAAGUACCCCUAACAAAGUGUUUUGUUGACUUUGUAUUUUAGAAUGGAAAUGACCAAACUCGUCGUAGACUUGCUAUUUACUGCAUGAAAGAUGCCAUUCUACCUUUAAGGUUAUUGGAGAAGCUGAUGUGCAUAAUAAACUACAUGGAGAUGGCACGUGUGACUGGUGUACCACUGGGCUAUCUGUUAUCAAGAGGACAGCAGAUUAAAGUUGUCUCACAACUCCUUAGAAUGGUACUUCCUGUUCUUAUAGAUGUGACUUAGGGGUCCCAGUUACAUGUCAAUAGUAUACCUGCCAACUCUCACGCCUUAGGCGUGUGUCUCACGCCUGCGGGUUGAAAACUUCGACCUCACGCCCGCUCACGCCUGCCGGCCAAUUUCUCACGCCUGAUUGAAAAAUGUGAGUUGUUGCCGUCUUGCUUGACACAAUUUCCAAAAAUAUGUUAACUCAGACCAAUGUAAGGAACGAAAACCGCGUGUAAAAUGAAUAAGUGACAAUACCUUCCUCGCGAUCUCUGACUUUGUGGAUAAGCGUUUUCUCGAUAACUUCGCCUUCGGCAGACUUCGGACGUCUUCGGAAGACUUCGGACUUCUUCGGAAAACUUAGGACUUCUUCGGGAAUCUUCGGAAAUGAUCUUGUCGUCUUCAAAAAUCCCAGCACUCCCAGGAUAAAAAUCUCACGCUUAUAUCUCAGAAAAAGUUGGCAGGUAUACAAUAGUAAAUUCUUUUAGCAACACAGGGCUGUCAUUAAGAGGUGGGGGCCAGAGAUUUCCCCCAGCUACUAGGAAUGUGGCCCACGGCGACAGCCCUGAAACAUGUAUGGCUACUAUUUGAGAGAGUGCCUAAUCAGUUCUCAGCUAUUUACAGGGCCAAAUAAAGACGUCUUGUCCACUUUCCCAUGGCAAGUAAAUGUUGUAGGUCAUUAAUAUAACUGCAUAGUAGCUGGAAUCUCAGUUUCCUUUUUCCUUAAGGUGAUUCCAAAGUAAAAGAACCCAACAUAGAUUGUAGCUAAAACUUGGUGCACUGAUGUAACAAGUCAAGAAGAUGAUAAAAAAGUAAUAAAAAGUGGGGGUCACCGUGCCCGUUUUGACGUCACAAUGCUGACAAAUACGGCUCUUUGGGACCCUUUUACAAAAACCGCGGGCAGCCCAAAACUAGACAAAAAGGAGAGAUUUUUUCGAAGAUGCAUGUGGCAUCACACAGAAUUUGACUUUAAUGUAUUGUUUAUUCACUUUCGUACCAGAAAAAUGCCUUUUAAUGCCCUUGUUUUUACUUUACGCUCCAAAGUAGAAUUAAAUUGGACGCGUGCUUUUCGACCCAUGAUGGCUCAAUCCAUACAAUUUAGUAAAAUUGCCAAAAAACCGAACAGAGAUUUGUGCCACUUUUUUUCUCAUCAAAAGGAAGCACUGUCCUUAUUAAAAUCAUGAAAUAAAUAAUGGGGGUCACCGUACUCGUUUUUGCGGUAGAGCUGUAGAAAGUGCGCACCAAACGCAUUUUCUCCAAUUUUUGAGAGAGGACUGGGGAGAGUUUCAAAAUAGAGUGUAUGUGAAAGGGGGAAGAAAGUAUUAAAAAAUCCGUUUUUACAGAAUUUACAUCGAGAUAUCACAGUUAGGACACAAUGUGAUAAAAAAAGUGUUUAAAUGAAAAUCAAAGUGAGUAAGCACAACUUAAACAUCCACUAUCGAGGUUCUCAGGGAGGAGGUCGAACCCAGCAACACGUGUACUGCUUACGUUAUGCACAUUCCCAACACACUGAGUCUCACCUCAGCAAGAAACAGCAGCAAGCAAAAAUUCCAAUAGCGUUUCUCUUCAGUCAACUUCAUUUUAAUAAUAUUACUUCACAUGCUCUUUUUUACGGCGGCCAUUUUGUUAUGCGCAGUAAGAGAUGCGCAGUGCAAAACUAGGGAAUCACCUUAAAAAGUUUUUGAAUUUCUACUCACACAAGUAAUUUUUGGUUAACUAUUAACACUGACAUUUUAAUCAAAUAAUCUAGUUUUGAGUUCUCUCACUGAAAAAAGUUAUUUUUAUUAUGAAUCUUACUAUGUGUAUGUUUUGUAGUCCAAGAAACAAGACUUGUUACUUCCUGCUCACAAAGCUGAAGCAGGAGAGGAGUACACAGGUGCCACUGUCAUUGAGCCAGUUAAAGGGUAAGACAACAUGGCAACAGCAUCUGUAGGAUCAUAUUCCUCUUAGCAGAAUUCCCCUCAGCUUUCCUCCUCUUGCCAUAAAGUCUUUUCUUAUAAUAAUUAUAAGAAACAACUUUAUUCUGUUUGGAUAGUUGCAUUCUCAGGGUGCAACCAAAGUCAGUUUUACAGUUUGGCAUUCGGGUAAGCCCCAAAUUCAUUUGCUCUAGUCCCCAAGAGUUUUUGAUGGGAUGAAUUGCUUACCGUUCAUCUGUAAUUUGAGUUCUCCCAAAAACUUGACUUGCCCGUCAGGCAAGUUAAGAACAUAGGUUCACUAGCCCUAUAGCAAAAUCUACUAGCCCUAGGCUAUAGGACAUGACUUUCUUUGCACACUGAUUCUUUUUAACAGACAGGGAAUUAAGUAUCCAGUGAAAGUUUCUUUUUUGGGUGCCUUUUAUGGCUCUGUUCCUUUAGAAGUAUCAAUCAGCAUUCAUUUCUUUUGUACUUUUUUUUACCGGCAGAAUUGUUAGUGCCUGCUAAAUAUACCUGCAGAGACAAGCAAGGGUUUUUGGUUUUGGUUUUUGUUUUCAUUAAAUAUAAAGUUUACAAGGGCUGUGUUACAAGGAUAUUGCUGUUUUAGGUCAAUUAUGUGCUGAAGUCAUUAAUUAGGUGCCUUUACUCAUGCAAUAGCUCCCAUAGAAUUAUGAAGAAGAUAUCAAACAAUUUCAUCAGGAAGCACAAACCAUAAUACAUAUUUUGGUGAUUUCUGCAAGCAUAGCAUUAAAACAUAAACAAGAUGGUCCCACAGUUUCAAUUUUCAAUCCAUGUCCAUACUUGCCAUCUGUAGCAAAACAGGAAACAGUUCCAAUACCUAAAUAUAGUUUUAAAUAACAAAACUGGACCAUUAUUUUUGCAAUUCAUUUGAUGCAAAAAGACUUAAGGUUUUUAAGAAGAUAUAACAUAGCAUUUCGUAUAGCCCCUCUAAACUUGCAGCAAAACAAGAGUUGUCAAUUUAAUUUAUUCAUAUCCGUUUCAGGUAUUAUGAUUCCCCAGUUGCCACCCUUGAUUUUGCCUCACUGUAUCCAUCUAUCAUGAUGGCUCAUAACCUGUGUUACACAUCGCUACUUCAUCAGACCAAACUCAAUGAGUAAGUCACUGGUUUAAACAAUAAAAAAUAAUGAUCAGUUAAUUCUUCAUACAAAACAACUCAAGGGUUGUCAAUUACCUGAAGUUGUUUGUCCAGUUUUCAGUCACAUCCAGAACCUGUUCAAAUGAGGGAUAUUUUAUUUGCUUUGUUGUGUAUAGCAGGGAUACCACAGCAAAUAGGGUCAUUUACUAGGGCCUGAACAGCCCAUUUGCCAACACCCUUCGAGGAGAUAAACCUCAGGAUUGGGGUCUCUGUCCUACUUGUUUCGACUAUAGUAUGGGUUUCUUAACAUCCUUUUUAAAACAAGAAAACAAAAGGCACAACAGUUUAACUUGACUGCCCCUGAACAGAUACACAGCCAUCAUGCCUUUUAGCCAGUAUUUCAAAGCCCCUUGUAGUUGGUGUCAAAGCUGUGCUCUAAGGAAAAUUGAAGGGAGCCCAGUGCUCUAAAACUGUAAAAUCUAGGGUGCCCAGAUUUGUAUGAAAAAUCUGAGAUUUUCUUGUCACCCGAUGGCAAAAGUCAGGUGCCAGGGGCCAGAGGGCUCUGUUAGAGCACAGUCCUGGGUGUGGCUGAAAUUUGAACUCAUGAUUGUAAGGAGUACUUCAAUACUGGUGAGGUCACUAUGAGAGCUUGAUGAAUUAAUGGAUAGCAAGUCUCCAAACUCAAUAAAAAAGCCAUAUUUGUAAAAUACCAACAGCACCAUUCCCCCCGCCCCCCUCACAAAAAUUCACACGAAAUUUAUUGCCCCCGCAGGGAUUUCGCCUUCUGUGAGGAGGCACUCUAGUAACUCGCACGC